AUGGACAGCGCGCGAGACAAGAGCGCCGACGAGAGUGUCGUCGUGGACAUCAAGUCGCCCUCGGCCGAGCCAGCCACGCCGUCUUCGUCCUCACAGCCACCGGCUUCCUCUGCCGAGCUGAAUGCCGGUGGCGGAGGAGGCGUUGCCGACUCCAAGUCGAAUACCAAAGACGGCGGGAACAAGUCGGCUACGGCCGCGUCUAAGGGAAAGAAGGGAAAGGCGGCGGCGGCGGCGAAGAAGAAGAAGGCCGGCGCUUGCUGCCGCCAUACCAAGCAUCACGAGACGAAGAAGCGGAGCAAGCACCACGGCAAGAAGAAGAAGUACGUCAGUGACGACGACGAGUCUGACUCGGCGGACAGUGAUGAUGAGGACUCAGACGACGAGGGGGAGUCGACGGCGGCGGCGUCGUCGUCGUCGAGUGAGAGCAGCGACGACGAGGACGAGAAGCAGCAGCACCAGCUCAAGUCGAGGAAAAAGGCCGCGAAGAAGGCCGCCUUGAAGGCGCGGAAGGCGAAGGCGAAGAGCAAGAGCAAGAAGAAGGCCAAGAAGCACGGGAAGAAGUCGAAGAAGUACGCCUCAUCGUCCUCGUCUUCAUCGUCGUCGUCGUCGUCCGGGGAUUCGUCUUCGAGCGAGUCGGAUUCGGACAGCGACUCGAGCUCGGCCAGCUCCGAGUCCGAGUCCGAGUCGGAGACCACCAAGCGCCGCUCGCGCCGGCGCCACAGGGCGGCGAAGGCGCGCCGUGCGGCGAGGGAGGCGGCGGACGAGUCGGAUGCCUCAGUGACGGCGGAGGAGGGCUCGGACGACGGGUCGGCGCAGACGGAUGACUUGUCGCCUCAGGACCAGAACCAGUUGUUGCUGCUGAAGCAGGAGCUGCAGGCGCAACAGCAGCGUAGAAGAGCACUGGCCCCGCCGGAUCCUCUUGAUCUUCCGGACCUUUCGAGCUUGCAGAAAUUCACCAGUAGCCUCAAGGCGUUGGAGAAGCUGAAGAAGAAGAACAAGGGUAAGAAGAAGGGAAGGAAGUCUUCUUCGUCCAGCAAGCGUGCCAGCACUCUGGAGUUCAAGCGCGUGGACGAGCUGUGGGACAGCAAGAUCCACAACUACAAGCUCACCGAGAGUGCCGAAGAUCCUGCGGACGAGUUCAACGCCUACAUUUUCACCGUGCGCAGGAGAUUCGAUUGGGAGAACAAGUAUAGGAACACCGUGGUUGACAUCAAGUCCAAGCUCCUGAAAGAGGCGCUGCAAGAGGUCAUGAAGGAUGUGAAGGGCGUCUCGCUCGUGGAAGAGCAGCCUUGCAUAGAUCCGAACAUGCUGUUCCUCUACCUUGAGGAGCUUCGCCGUUUCAGCAAGAAGACGUUGAAGGCGAGGGCAAAAAAGCAGAAGAAAAAGAAGACUAAGCGGAGGAUUAAGAUGAUGAUUGCCCACUGCAAGAUCAUGAUCAGUUAUCUAGACGAGGACUACGACGAGACCAAAAAGACACUCUACCCCAUGCUUGAGGCUGGGAACAUCACUUUCGAUCUUCUGUGGGCACUUUUCAAGCCAAACACUAUCGCUUACACCACGACAUACGGAGCUGUUGAGCAUCCCCGUUGCUUCAAGGUCGACUACGCCACUAAGGAGUCUUCGUUCAUUCGUGGAGACUGGUAUUCCAUCGAGGGACGUUACCUCGAGUACGACGGCAAGACUUUCGGAUUGGGAGAGCUUGAGAUCAACGUCGAUUCCUUCAAGGGUCCUCGGAAGAUCACGAGUCUGUCUACCUACCCGCUGCGCUACCACAAGGAUCCGGAUGGCAUAAGAACGCAGCUCAUCGAGCGCGGCAAGCGCUUCGUCACCAUGACCGGCAUGAACUACCGCUUCCACAAGGGCCUGGCUUUCGAGAAGCGGAAAAAGAUGGUUCUGAAGCACAACAUCAACGGGCGUGUCAUGAUCGAUCCUGCAAUCUUCCGCCGCAUCAACCCCAACUACCCCAUUUCGGUGAUCAAGCCCAAGGACCAAGAUGAUUUGUACGACUUUGGCAGCUGCGGGUGCAGCGAUGACGAUUCUGAUGACGAGAACAGACCGUACGAGGGCCCUCAAAAUUACGGCGAGGACGGAGAGGAGCGGCAGAGGUACAGGUUCAAGGUCGUGUACGACGAGAAGAAGGAAGCGCACUUGGUCCAAGUCCCCGUCGACGAUGACGGCAACGAGAUCAAGACGGAGAAUCUGGAGAAGCUGCCGGAGAACGGUGAGGAUGCCAAUGACGAAAAUAAGACGAGACAGGAGUUCACCGAGGAGGAGCUCCUGAUCGCCUCGCCAGUAGUCCUGGGGUUUGCUUUCUCCGAGAAGCGCUGGAUGGAGUUCUCGCUCUCCGCCGUCCGAGACAUUGAGUGGAACGAAGGUGCUUUCGAGUCCCUCGUGCUUCCAGAGAACCAGAAGUCUAUCGUCAAAGCUCUCGUGUCGAGCCACAAGUUCCACGCCGCGCAGACGAUUGACGACGUUGUUCAAGGCAAGGGUAAGGGGUUGGUCUUCGUGCUGCACGGCCCGCCUGGAGUGGGAAAGACGCUCACUGCCGAGGGCAUCGCCGACUACCUCAAAUGCCCCCUCUACGCCGUCAGCGCCGGCGAGCUGGGCACCGACAGCUGGCGCCUGGAACAAGAGCUGCAGAAGAUCAUGGACAUCGCCCACAGCUGGGGCGCGAUCCUGCUGCUCGACGAGGCCGACGUCUUCCUCGAGCGGCGCCAGGUGCACGACAUCCACCGCAACGCGCUCGUGUCCAUCUUCCUCCGCUUGCUCGAGUACUUCCAGGGCAUCCUCUUCCUGACGACGAACCGCGUCGAGACGUUCGACGACGCGUUCCAGAGCCGCAUCCACAUGGGCUUGCGCUACGAGGAGCUGGGCCACAAGGCCAAGCGCGGCAUCUGGCAGAUCUUCCUGAAGCGCGUGCGCGAGAUGGAAAAGGCCGAGAUGGCGGAUUUCUCGGACGACGACUACAACACGCUCGCGCGCAACGACCUCAACGGGCGCCAGAUCAAGAACGCGGUGCGCACGGCGCAGGCGCUCGCCGUCAAUAUGGGCGAGAAGCUUAGCAUGGAGCACAUCAAGCGCGUGUUGGCUGUGGCUGAGAGCUUCGAGCGCGACCUCAAGGGCGGCACUGGGUACGAGGAUGCUAUGAGGAGUUAUACUUGA